GGACGCUGUACCUGCUCUGGAGUGCCGGCUGCUGCAGCCCUGCGGAGAAGGACGCUGGAGCCAAGGGCAUGAGGAACUGGUGUCUGUGUCAGAUUUGCACCUGCGGGCUUCCUAUCCAGAGCUUCAAAGUGACAUACAGUCCAGGCCUGAGAAGUAGUAUGAGCAAAUAAGUGAUUGUGAUGGCUGGCAGUGUUCUCUUGGGGUCUGCCUGACAAGCGAAACUGGCAGGAAUCCCCACCCUAAACCGCAGAUUUGGUCUGUAAGUGCCGCCUAACAACCUUCUGCCACCGGUAAACACAUUCUUCUCUUUCCUCAGCCUUGCUGUUGACCCAGGGAUUAGAUCACCUUUGCUAAGUAACUAUGAAUAAUGCCAAGCGCUUUGUAUUUCUGAUCCCCUUCUAAGGGCAACCACCUACAAUACAUGUUGAUUGAAGCCUCUUUCAUAAUAAUACAAAUAAUAAUGUUUGAAUGGGUGGAAACAUAACUUUUAAGGUAUGAAUCUGCAAAAUCUGGUAAGAAAGAAAAUCUUGGUUUAUUUACAAUGUAAGUUAUUAUCACAUCCAGCCAUCAAGAAAUGCAUGAUACUGGGGACUCCUCAUUCUUCAAAUAAUAUCACUAUCCAAAGAGGUGGGGCGCUGCCAAUGUAAGAAGCAGCCCCUUUAAGCUUUGAAGCGUGGCUGGUGGCGUCUACUGAAAUGUCCCUUGAAGAAGCUUAGUUCCUCUGAGAGCAGCGCCUGUGUUGCUUUCCUUUUUAUCCAGGAGGCCCAGGAAUCUUGAAGAGUUCCUAGGACAUGCAUAGUUGCCCUCAGCCAGUGGUUUUAAAAUGUGGCUGCCUCCAUGGGACACUCAGAAUGGGGCAAAGAUUCUUCACUGUCGUCCUUCCCCACCCCAUCUUUUGCCUCCUGUCCUGUUGGAAGGGAAGAGGGAAGAUCUUUCCCUAUUCUUUUUGUUGUUGAAGACCAUCCCUUAGGUCCAUUUGCAUCACUGUGGUAGCAAUACCAGACAGGAACAAGGAGGAAAGGUCUAUUUGGGCAUACAGUCCCAGAGGGUGUGGUCCAUGCAGUCAGGCAUGGGGAAGUUCUUGUUCCUGGAACAUGAAGCAGGCUUCUCACAUGCUGGCAGACCAAGAAGUAGAAAGGACCCAGGCUGUCAUCUUUCAAGGGCUGCCAUUAGCCACCUACUUCUACCAGGUAGGUGCCAGCUUCCAAAAUCCUUCCAGAAUGGUUCCAUCAGCUGAGAAGCAAGGAUUCAAAACAUGUGAGCAUUUUCAGACUCAAACCAUAAUGCCAUCUGUUCUCUCUUAGGAACCUCAAAUUCAAUUCCUUUGCAGUCAAAUGCUCUACCACUGAGCUAUACCCCCAAAUUCAAUUCCUUUGAUCUCCCAUUAGGGACAUCUAACUUCACUUUUGUUUUGUUUUGUUUUGUUUUGUUUUGUUUUGUUUUGUUUUGUCUUUCCAGGCAGGGUUUCUCUGUGUAACAGCUGUAGCGGGCCUGCAACUCAGGACCAGGAACAGACUCACAGAGAUCCGCCUGUCUCUGCCUCCCGAGUGCUGGGAUUAUAGGUGUGCACCACCAUGGCUGGCUAGUUUCAUCAUUUCUGUGAGACACUUCUUCAAAAAGACAAAGAGUUAACAAGUGUAAACAGCUAUAACUACCAGAAAAAACUAUAAAGCAGAAGGAAGAAAUUUUCCUUUUAAGGAUUGCAAAUGUUAGGCUAGGAGGCUUUUGCUUUCUUUUAUAAUAAUUUAUCUGCACUUUUAUGUCUUAUAUUUGUCCACAGUCUUUGGUAUAUUACACUCUGAAUGCAGUGCUCUGGUGGACAAUAAAAACAAUAACAAAUUCCAAAGCUUUGGCUUGUGUUCUGUUAAUCAGUGCAACUCUAUGAGAACUUUUAUGUAUGACCUGUGUACUCUGCUCCUGGAUUUUCCAAGGGUCUGGGACCCUGCAUGAGACAAAAUCACUGCAGCCCUUUACAACAGCUUCAUUUUCAGUGGACAUUACUGAGUUUCCGGACUCCUGGACUUGGAAGCUUCUUAGACACGUGGAAGAAUAAAGGAGAUGUGGAGUCAGGAUGCUGCCUAACAUCUCCCAGCUCAAGCCCUCUUGGCCUCUACUAUAUCCCAUGCCCCAGCUCUGCUCCCCAGAACAGAUGCUGCGCUUUUCCUCCUUUCUUUUGUAGCUGUGUUCUCAAUCAGUCACCUGUAAGGAUCUGUUGUAGGUGAGACCGAAAUGGAAAACUUGUCUGCCAGGAAGUUUUCUUCCUAGGAAAUUCACUUGCUAGCUUUUCUACUUCAGUAGCAUAAGAAGUCACUCAACUACUAUGAGCAAAACCAGUUUCUGCUACAUAAGGCUAUACUGUAAUUUACUUAUUUUUUAUAAGCUUCAUUGCAGAGGGGUAAGCUGUGCUGAAGUUCAAAGUGGUGAGUUCAUUGGGAACCCUGUUAAUAUGCAAUAACCACACCAGAUGCUUUUAAGGCAAAAUAAUGUUUCAGUUUAUUUGUUUGUACAGACGGCAUCGUUGUCCACAUGGAACCACAAGGGUUUAUGAACAUUCUGGCAUAUCUUGCCCCACAACGGAGUAUUUGGAAAAAUAUCCAAAAUAUGGCAAUGUUCUUCCACCUCAGAGUCUUAAACCCAAGCAAGAAUUUCAAGCAUACCGUGGUAAAAUGGAAGGAAUAACUACAUUUAAGUCAGAUUAUCGUCCUUACGAAGUAGUCAAGCAGCCACGCCACAUUCCGGAAGAGUAUAAACCCAAACAGGGGAAAAUUGAUCUUGGGACUACCUACAAGCGAGAUUUUAAUCCUUACGAAGUACAGCCUGUGGUGAAAGUCCGGCCUGUUGAAAGACAACCAGUUCAAAAAGGGAAGCUGGACACCGUCCCAACUUAUAAAGAUGAUUAUAGAUCUUGGGAUAUUCAGAAAUGUGAACUGUGUAAACCAGAGCAAGCUUACCAUCCCCCAGAUGUGAAAUUUGGAAACUCAACUACAUUUCAGGAUGACUAUGUUCCCCGGGAGAUAAAGCCUAGGCAAAGCUUCAAGCCCUGCUCCAUGGUCAAGAGUUCUGUAGGCCCCUUUAAUGGUGAUACAAGUCAUCGUCGAGAUUAUGUACCUCAUCAGCUACAAGUGAAGUUUGCAAGGGCAAAAGAAGUUUAUAAGCCUACUGACCAGCCUUUUGAGGAUCUUACCACGCACCGGAAUGACUUUCAGGGUUUUACUGGAGAAAGUGCAAAAAUCUGCAGACCUGCCCACACAAGAGUAACCCCAAAUGCUCAGUUUAAAGGAAGCACUGAAUUCCGUGACAGUUUCCAACCAUGGGAAAUCCCACCACCCAAAGUCAAGAAAGUAGCAGAGUAUGUGCCCCCUCAAGGAAGCAUGCAGUUAAACAGUACCAGCCAUCUCGACUAUGUCCCCUAUCAGGCCAGCCGCGCUGUUGCUAUUAGGCCAGUUUCUCACAGAAGAAAAAGCAAUUUUCCUUUCCAAGGAAAAAGCACCAUGAAGGAAGAUUUUCCAGCGUGGGAAAGUUGUCGUCAAGGACUUAUUAAGCAGCAGCAACAGAUUCCCAACCCAUCUGGAAAAUUUGAUGGUUUGAGCACUUUCAGAUCUCACUUUGUGCCACAUGAAUUGAUUCCAGUGGAGAGCUGCAAACCUUUAAAUGCUGCUGUUAAGAGUUCGGUUCCACUCGAUGAUGUUACCAUGUAUUCUAUCCAGUACACACCAAAGAAACAGGAAAUCUGCCCGGCUAGCUAUCCUUCUCCUCCAGGUUAUAUAUUUGAAAAUACAAAUUCCCAAGGACAUAAAUUCUUUCGCAAGAUCAUUCCUGCAGUGAAGGCUUUUUAAUAAUCAAGUAAUUUUUAUAAGAAAGCUAAUGGGAGUUCAGUUUUUUAAGAGAAAACCCAAAUUUUAUAGUGAAAAAUACUAUGAGAGCUAAAACAUACCAUUUUUAGCUUUUAAAACAAGUUAGGACAUAUAGAUCAGAAUUCCCAAAUCCAUUUUGUACUAAUAGUUUAACCAAAAAUGCUCUUUUUGUUGUUCUUGUGUUAUGUUUUUGGAACUAGGACCUCCCUAGUCUCUCCAGGCCAGCCUGGAACAUGCAUUCUACCUAUGUCAGUCUCCUGACCCAAGAUUGUUCUUUAAUAGACCUUUCUGAAGGUUAAAUGAUGUGCAUGCUCAUCUACACAUGCUGUUGCAUAGCUUGUCCUCAGUCUAUUAUCAUUUAUACUUCUUUUUACCAUUAUACAAUUAUACAGCUACUCAUUGUCAUUUACCUAGUACACUAGGACUGUCUAGAACAAAAUUGAAGAUGAGAUGGAUUACUCUUCCAAAAAAGUCCAGGAUUUAUUCAUCUAUUCAUUCAUUCAUUCAUUCAUUCAUUCAUUCAUUCAUUCAACUUCAACAUAUUUACAGAGCCUAGAACAAGUCAAGUUUUGGUUGGUGAUGUCAGAGACUACUGCUCUGCUCCUUGUCCUGUUCAACAUAGCAAGAGGCAUUGUGAUUUGAAGAAAAGGGUCCUCUGGGCUGGCAAUCAGAGGACCAGAGUUCAAAUACUAAUCAUCAGUUUCUAUUUGUGCCACUGUAAGCAAGCUGCUCACAUACAUACCUCUGCAAGUCAUGUGUAAAAGAAUAGUGGUUCUGUCUACCUCACAAAAGAUGGUUGGGAGCAUCAAAUUACAUAAUACAUUUGAAUGCAUAAAGUAUAAAUGUCAGGGGUGAUUAACCCUCAGCUACUUUUUGUACUUACUUUUUCCUUUUCAAAUAUGGAUAGUUACAGACUUAAUACUCAUUACCUCAUCUCCAGCAAGAUUGUAAAAUAACCUUUGAGUUUAUGGUAAUAUGUAUUUGUGAGAGGCAUCUGCCCACUGUAGAGUCACAAGCACCCUAUAAGUUAUGGCAGAGAAUAGAGAACGUAGAUUAAAUACUUUGGUGUGAAUGGCUGUAUUUUCAAAUGGAAAAAAAUUUGCUAGAGCAGUUUUAGGGAGGACUUCCAGCUUUGACAAAAUCCCCAGGAUAAACCUAGGCACUUAUGCAUCCAGUGGCCACAUCCAGAACCACUGUUCACUAGUAAGAAGCCAUAACUACCUUGGUCACCACUGAAAGUGUAAGAUAAGUGCUAAGAAGGAAGGGGAAGAGAUGCCAAUAAGGGACAUGGAAAUAGCCUACUACACUUACAAAUGCUGAAAGUUGCUAAUGAACUAAGAUCAAGUGAUUAUUUUAAUAAAUGAUCAUAUAUGGGAGAACAAGAUUGACCUUAAAAUGAAUGUUUUCAUAGUUGUUUAAGAUUUUCAUAGUUGUUUUCGUAGUUGUUUAAGAUUAUAUACUGAGGAUGAAUUAAUAGUAUUUUAUUAAAUAUUUCUAAUUAAUUGAAAGGAAUUUCCCAUAUUUGCAUUUGUUAUAAAUAUAUAAUGUCUGAAAAAUCGUUUUUAUGUGUAAUUA